ACUGCGUUUGCGAGGCACGGACCACAGCUGGGUGUGCGGCGGCCGGUAGUUUGCAGCAUUUGCCAGCAGAUGCGAUGAGUUUACCUCUCAAUCCCAAACCUUUCCUCAAUGGAUUAACAGGAAAGCCAGUAAUGGUGAAACUUAAGUGGGGAAUGGAAUACAAGGGCUAUCUGGUCUCUGUAGAUGGCUAUAUGAACAUGGAGCUUGCAAAUACAGAAGAAUACACAGAUGGAACAUUGUCUGGACAUCUGGGUGAAGUUUUAAUAAGGUUCAAUAAUGUCCUUUAUAUCAGAGGUGUGGAAGAAGAAGAAGAAGAUGGGGAAAUGAGAGAAUAGCAUCUUUGUGGGGAAUUUUUUUAUAUAUAU